AUGGGUUCCACAGCUCCUUCAUUGACUGACAGUGUAACCGAUUAUCCGGUCGAGAACGGAAGAACCUAUCACAGAUACCACGAGGGAGCUUAUGUAUACCCCAAUGACGAACAGGAGUUGGAUCGCCUGGACAUGCAACAUCACAUGUUCAAAAUGGCGAUGGACGGAAGGCUAUUCCAAGUUCCACUCCAAGACCCAAAGCAUAUUCUUGAUAUUGGUACCGGCUCAGGAAUAUGGCCUAUAGAGAUGUCGGCCUUGUUUCCAAACACCGAAAUCAUAGGGACGGAUCUAUCCCCAGUGCAGCCAACAGAAGUACCGCCAAACGUCCAUUUCCUGGUCGAUGAUGCUACUGAAGAAGACUGGAUAUGGGACCACGACUAUUUUGAUCUCAUUCAUACCGGCCACAUGACCGGAUCUGUGCCAUCAUUCAAACGCAUACUACGUCAGUCAUUCAAAUAUCUCAAACCGGGGGCAUACAUGGAAUGUCAAGAGCUAGAUCCCAAACCGGAAUGCGACGACGAGACCAUGCCUCCCGAAAACCAAGACGGGGGAUAUAGCGCAUAUGCUAUGCACGAUUGGGUAGACCUUAAUGUGCGCUCAGGUCGUCAGUCCGAUCCACCAAGACAAUUCCGAAUCGCCCAUCAGAUUGCACAGUAUAUGAAGGAUAUAGGGUUCGUCGACGUUGAACAACGACUCCACAAAAUCCCCAUAAACACCUGGCCACAGGACGAAAAACUAAGGACCAUUGGAGCUUUCAGUGAGAGAAAUUGGCUCGAUGCCUUGUCAGGGUGGUCAUAUAAGCCUUUUCUUGCCCUUGGGUGGUCGAAACCUGAAAUCGAAGUCUUCCUCGUGGAUGUGAGGAAAAGUAUACAGGACCGAGAUGUCCAUGCCUAUCAGAACUUUUAUGUGUCAGCAUGCCAAGAAUCGGAAAGCCGCCAUGCGAAAGUUGAUGCCAAGUGCUUGCGACAAGCCUUAGACAGCAAUUGGCCUGCACAUGCCAUAGCCAAUCCCAUGUCUUUCGGCAGACAUGCCUACCGGCAUGCUCUCAAACCACCAGCUACUCCAACACUUGACCAUCUCUGGAUCAGCGAUGACCUCCUCGCAGCCACGUUUCGUCGCUUCGCCAACGGUCAACGGCGCCAUGGGAGCUGCGUCCCCGGACCAUUGGAAGCACGGCGACGCCUAGCAAAGCGAAGAAACACCGCUCUGGCAAGCAUAGGGGGAGGCACUGCCGAAGAUAUCGCGUGUUUGUUUGGCCGCAAUGGGAGGGAACACAUGAAAUGGACCGACCAUCCAUGGCAGAGAGCGCCAUUCGAAACCCAUAGUCUCGCCGAUAACUCUAUAGGUCCUCGUACAGUACCUUUCUCCUUCAGCCAGAACCCGGAGCUUCAAUCCGAAUCCAGCGAAUUUCAGACUACUCAUGCUCCUCCGUCAUACCUCACCAAGGCGGACCAAUCUUCGCGCAAGCAAAUGCUGGAGGGAUUUUUGAAUGGGAAGAAUUGGGGUAUUGAAGAUGCGAGGGACUUCACUCGUCGGUUGAGAAUUGACCUCCACCGGGAGCCGCGAUAUAGCCGACAGAUAUUCGAGCGGCUACUUGCUCGUUCAGACCCAGACCUUACAGAAGCAAUUGCGUUCCUGGAUGAUCCGUUCCUAAAUACCCGGGGAUCGGGAAACUACGCUGCAGCGGUCGAAAUCUUCGUUCGAACAAAAACGAAACGCGGCAAACGAACCGCUGUUUUGAAUGCGAUUAAUCGUGCGUUAGAGUUGGGGUUGAUUUCAACUGAUGAGAUCUGUCUGAUCAUUACCGCUUUACCGAAUAUCAUCGUCGAAGGAAACAAAACUCUGGGGUCGUGGGACCAUAAAGCUUUGUUGAAGCACUACCGGGGAAUGUGGAAAGCUAUUGGGUGCUGUAACAUCCUCGGGUAUCAUGAUCUGGACAGAGAUAUUGUUGAUACUUGGCUUGGAGAGCUCUUGCGUACUCGCAGCUUUCGUUUUGCCGAGGAAAUCAUCAUCGCAACCCAUGAUGCGGACAGUCGCAGCCAGUGGCCUUCUACUUUGGUUCAAGCUUGGUUGGAAACUAUGGAAGUCGAUUCGGAGACAAGCUUGCCAUAUCCCGACAAGAUCUUCAGCCAGCUGGAUGUGAACAGUGCGGCGGACUGUGUUAUUCGUGUAACAGAGUCAUUGGCUUCGUCUUCAGCAGACAGCGUCUCCAGGGACCGAUUGCUUGAAAGAUGGCGGGAUUGCCUCUCCAAUGCCGAAGUCAUUUCGACUGUUGCCAAGUCACAGGUCUGGUUCGAUUUCCCUCUCCCGUGUCUUCAGACACAGAUCAAGCAUGCCCCUCUGAGCCAUUCAACUCAACGUCAGAUCAUCUUGCGACUCUGGCUUCUACGAACGCUUGGUCGAUCUACUGGGCCCAUGUAUAACCAGAGUGUAAGAGCAACCGAUCAACCGAUCUACUCAUUACUCAAUCUUUACCAAACGGUGAUACAAGAUACCAGCGGAACAUUCUUUCCGGACCUCAUGCGGGAAAUCCAUGACCUCGAUCUACCAUACAACAGUCUUCUGAUCCUAGCCCUGAACAAAAAGGGCAAAGCCUCCAUUACCAAAACCACCCGCAGAACCCUCGAACAACUGGAAACCUCCCAGCUCUCCCUAGCAGAAGUGUGGAAAACCCCAUCCAUAUAUAAGGGAAUACAACGACUCUUCCACACCACCUUCGAACAAAUGUUCCACCGUAUGGACCUCACCAACCCAGCCACAGUUGAAGAGAUCCUGAAUGUUGUUCGAUCAGGCGACUCAAAUAACAUCUGGCCCAUCCUCAGACUUCUCAACAACAACACCCCAUUGAAGGUCAGCCUUCACAAAGCCUGGCAGCCCAUUCCACACCCAGACGACAAAGUCCUCGUGCGAUACCAUCCCGGCCCGCGGGACAGCCGAUGCCCCGAUCCCCAUGCUGCGGUCGACCUCAUAAACCAGCUGGCAGUUUCUCUCUCCUGCUGCAAACACCUGACUCCGUGCCAGUCGUUCCAUAUGGUUCACUGGCUUUACAGAUAUCUUCGCAGACACGGCGGGCCCGUGGAUCCGGAAUUCGUGCGGGCUAUGUAUCAUGCUGGUGUUGUGCGAUACCGCCGCGACGGUCGCCGUAUCUCGGCUACUCAGUAUGAGUACAUUCUUUGGAUCGUUGGCAAGUUUGAAGGCCCCGGGGUUGUUAAAGAGCUUACUGCUCUGCCUCAGAUUGGUGAAUCGGGGCCUGACUGGCAGUAA